GCGGGCCGUGUCCCAGGACAUGGGCGACAGGUAUCCUGCGCUGCUCCGCGCCCAGCUGCACCUGGAUUACAUCCACGCCAACUCCAUCACUCACAGGUUCCUUUUUGGAGCACUGGCUGAAUUGCUGGACAAUGCAAGAGAUGCAGGGGCUGCGAGACUUGAUGUGUUUUCAGUGGAUAAUGAAGAACUGCAGGGUGGAUUCAUGUUGUGCUUCCUGGAUGAUGGAUGUGGUAUGAGUCCUGAGGAAGCAUCAGAUAUCAUUUACUUUGGAACAUCCAGGAAACGGCUAUCAACCUUGAAGUUUAUUGGGCAAUAUGGCAAUGGCCUUAAAAGCGGAUCCAUGAGGAUUGGAAAAGACUUUAUUCUUUUUACAAAGAAAGAAGAAACGAUGACCUGCGUGUUUUUUUCUCAGACAUUCUGUGAAAGAGAGGGUCUGAGUGAGGUUGUGGUUCCAAUACCUUCAUGGUUAACAGGGACCAGACAAUCUGUCACAGAUGAUCCUCAAAAAUUCUCAACAGAAUUGUCUAUUAUUUAUAAAUAUUCUCCAUUUAAAACUGAAGCUGAAUUGAUGCAGCAGUUUAAUGUGAUCUACGGCAAAUGUGGUACUUUGCUGGUUAUUUAUAACUUGAAGCUUCUGCUUAGUGGAGAACCUGAGCUGGAUGUUAAAACUGACAAAGAAGAUAUACUGGUGGCGGGAGCUCUUGAAGAUUUUCCAGAGAGAUGGUCAUUCAGAGCCUAUACAUCUGUUCUAUAUUUUGAUCCUUGGAUGAGAAUAUUCAUUCAGGCCAAAAGAGUUAGAACAAAAUACCUAUGCUAUUGCCUCUACAAACCCAGAAAGUAUCUGUAUGUCACAUCUUCUUUUAAAGGAGCAUUUAAAAGUGAAGUUAAAAAGGCAGAAGAAGCAGUAAAGAGAGCCGAACUCAUCCUGAAAGAAGCACAAAUCAAAGUGAACUCCUCUGAGAGCACUUCGUCCUCCGCCGCCGAGGAUGUAUUACAGAAAGCUCUGGAAGAUGUGAAAGCAAAGCAAAAGAUUCUUCAAGAGAGGCAGAGGGAAUUAAGAAAAGCAAGGACACUCACCCUGUUCUUUGGUGUGAACAUAGAAAACCGAAGCCAAGCUGGGAUGUUCAUUUACAGUAAUAACCGCUUGAUCAAAAUGCACGAGAAAGUGGGCCCACAGUUGAAACUGAAGUCCUUACUUGGUGCAGGUGUGGUUGGAAUUGUUAAUAUACCCUUGGAGAUCAUGGAACCAUCCCAUAAUAAGCAGGAAUUUCUCAAUGUCCAUGAGUAUAAUCAUCUUCUAAAAGUCAUGGGGCAAUACUUGGUCCAGUACUGUAAGGACACCGGGAUCAGUAACAGAAAUCUAACAUUAUUUUGGAAUGAAUUUGGAUACCAAGGUAAUAAGGACAUGGAAGAAUCUUCAGAUUCUAUUCAGUAUCAAAGAAGACAAGCCAGGGCCAUCCCAUGCAUGAUUCAGUGUGAUCUUUGCCUUAAAUGGAGAGUCUUACCUCCUUCUACUGAUUAUCAGGAAAAAGAAUUCUUUGACAUCUGGAUUUGUGCUAAUAACCCUAACCGCUCGGAAAACAGUUGUCAUCAGGCAGAACAUCUACCUUCCAUACCCCUGGGUACUACGAGCACAGAAUCACAAUCCAAAAAUGAGAAAGACAAGCGGCUUCAAGAGUCAGUCCAGAGGUGUCAAAAUCGACUGGUGGAACUGCGUCAACAGCCUCCGUUUAUACCAGUGAAUAGGGUCACUGAGUUCACUAGCCCCUGCCAAACUUCAACAUCUAAGGGAAAUAAGAAAAUUCAGAGAACCAGACCUUCCGGUGAUGACUUGAAGCAUGAGUCUCUUUCAUCCUUUGAGCUUCUGGGCAACCACAGCGGCUGGAAAAGAAACACAGAAGGAUCGGACUCCAACGUAGAGGAUAUUUCAGAGACUAAAAUUAUGAAAAAGUCUAGUCAGAAGAACGUGAAACCUCAACAGGAGAGGUAUCCAGCAGUUCCACUGGAAAGUGUCAAAUUAGCUAGCAGAGACCAGGCCUCUUGGGAAAUGAAGAGAAAGGGGAAUCAAAACCUUCCAUGGGAAUGUAAGACUUCAGUUGAAGUUGAAACCAACAACAGCAAUUUGGAUAUAAUCCAGAUUUUAGAUGAAAGUGACACUGAUGUUCCAUUGAAACAAGAGGAAAAGGAAGUUUCUCUUAUGAAAAAAGAAAAACAGGAGCUGUGCAGUGAUACCCCAGAAAUAAAGAGAAAUUCUUCAUCACCUAACUGGGAAAGCAUGCCAGUGGAAGAUUUAAAUCCAAGUUCUGGACACAAAGCCAGAGUUUCUGUGAGUGGUGGUUGUGUAGCUGCUUCUUCACUGCCAGAAUCUUCUCAAAGCACGUCUGUCAAGGAAACAGUGAGAAAACUGACAUCUAAUUUAAGGGAGAUUCUUCUGUAUUUUUUCCCCGAGCAUCAGCUACCAUCAGAGUUUGGCCACACACCCCUGGAGGAACUUACAGCAGGUUCUGAGCUGGAGCAGUGCCCAGAACAGACAAACAAAAAGCUGAAAAUGUGUUUCAACCAGAUCCGUCAUGUGUACAUGGUCCAGUAUGAAAAGAAACUGAAGAGAAAAAUGCAGUCUGUUAUCUGCGAUGCAAACAGGAGAGAAGAGGCUAAUGAAGCAUCUCUGGGACAGUGUGAAGAAAAAAGAAAACUGACUGAGGAAAAACUGAAUAAGCUUCGUGUAAAACUGGCCGUAUUAUUGCAGAAGCUUCAGCUGGGUGGUCCAGCCGGAGACCUGGAGCAGAUUGACGCUUACUUAGAAGCUUUGCUGAAAGAAGAUAAUCUCCUUUCUCAGAAGGCUUUUAUAAAUAAAGUGACUACGGAUACAGGGCAUUGUCUCCCUUUAGAAAAAGAGGAAAGUAUUUCUUAAAAUUAGAAGUCAGAAAAGGCAUUCCCUUUUUAAAAAUGCUAAUAAGAAACAAAGGAAGAGUCUUUAAAAGAGGGAUCUCCUCUGCUCUUGUUAUUGUGAAGCUCGUCUUGUUUAAUGGUAAGAAAAUUUUGUAUUUUAAAAAUGGAGACUGAGUUAUAAUCUGCACAUUUCCCAGUUCUGCGCUGUAACUCUUCCAGUUCCUGCAGAAACCAUUUCCAGAGUUCUCUAAUUCUCAUGUGAGCUACUGAGAAAGACAGAUAUGUCGUUUAGGCUUGUAUUUUGUUUUCACUAAAAAGAUUGUAAAAACAGUGGUUCUUAAGAGCAAUACGCAAAGGACUACAGAAUCACUUCCUUAUGAGACUUCAGUUGAAAAAGACAUUAUACCCCUUCUCCACUACAGCCAGCACUCAGUAAAGCAAGUAAUAUACAUUCCCAAAACAACUUUGAGAUAUAUUUUAUAUGAUAAUUUUAUUAUUGAGUUACAGAAAGAAUCAGUCUUCUAGGCAUAAUGUGAAUACAUAUUACACAUGUGUGUAAGAAUUGUACGUUUUCCUUGAUAACUUUUAUUUGUUUAGAAAUGUUUGCAACUUUGGAUAAGAGCAAUAAAAC